AUGGAGAGCGGGGCGGUGGAAAUAUUGUCAGGAUCGACCGCCGGUGAAAAGUGGGGAACGACUGGAUCAGAGGAGGCGCUUCAGCCGUUAUUAAUAUACGUUGAUGCAUGCAUGAACUUUCCAGCCAUUUAUCAGUAUUGCCUACGGGAUUAUGAGAAUGUGUAUAUGGAGAAUGAGUCCAUUGUCAUCCCAUUUUUUGGUAAAGUUUCUACUAUCCUUCACUUUACCCAACCUUUUAACUGGUUUUGCCUCCACCAAUUGGUUACAAACCAACUAUUUCAAUCCAACUUUUUCUUCUUUUCACAUCAUUUAAGCUUCAAAACAAAUCCCUCCAAAAUAAAUAUUUUGUAUUUUGUUCUCCAACAAUUUUUUCUCCUUUGUCUCAUUCAUCUUCUUCUUCAAAGCAAGGAUAAAGUGGCUAGACCCUUUGAGAAGAUAGAGGACAUUACUGACUAUAAGGAGCUGUGGAAAAUAUUUGUAAGAGUUCAUCAUAAAUGGUCUGUCCUUACCAACAACAAGGAGCAUGUGGAACUCGUAUUUAUUGAUGCAAAUGGGACUGAUAUUCAUGUUGUAAUAUCAACUAUGUUGAAGGCUACGUUCGAUACAGUUUUAUCCAUAAAGGACAUAUGCAUUGUUACAAAUUUUCUUCCUCAACCAAAUGACCUGAUGUCCAAAACUACCAAAUAUAUGUUUCUGAUCAAAUUUACUCGUGACACCACCAUGUCAAAUGUAAACAAACAUGAAAUCCCCGGGAAAAAGAUAAAUUUCAAACCUUUUCUUGAUAUCAUAUUUGGAAAAUGGAAGAAAGAUUUCUUAAUAGAUGUUAUUGGCAUGAUUGAAAAUUCGGCUAUACACAACUGCAUGCCGGCUGUAACACCCUAA